ACCGUUCGUCGGGAAACGAGAACCUCUUUCCUCUAUCGAUACCACAGCACAAAAGUAUUUUGUCGGGAUGCUAGAGUAGGUAAAAUCGGUAUAAUUGGACGUGAGUGUGUGUUUUUUUUUUGGGCAGAUAGGGCCUAUAUUUCAUUUUUUCACCUUAUUGUGCAGGCUGGUUCCCUCAAGGCAAAAGCUGAAAGUUAACGAUUAUCAUUGAAAUUAUGAAAGCGUGACUACAAAAACCCCCCUCCUAAAAUGAAUAAUCCUCAUCUCCGAUCACUUGUUAUUCUAAUUACAAUUAUCGUAUCAACGCGUGCCAAUAUUCACUCACAAGAAGAUGGAUUCACGUUUGACACACCCGAAGAUCUCAGUGAAGAUCUGGUGCAGCCUCCAAGAACCAAUCAAUUUAAGGAGUUUGGGAAAAAUUAUCAUGAAGCCGUGGUUGGAAAAAUCUUCCAUUUAGCCUUAAGUUUACCUAGGGAUCAUCGGGGAUUUGUUGCAAAACAACAACACAAGAUGAGUCUACCCUAUUGGCUGUCAUUCAACAAAAAGACUGGCAUCUUCUGGGGAAUACCAUUACCCGGCGAUGAAGGAACAUUACAUAUCAAUAUUGCACCAAUGGAUAAAAAUCAAGCGACCGAAAAUCUGGAAGUUCGAGUCAUCUCAGAAGAAAAUGAAGAUAGUGUAACAACGAAAAAUAAAUGUGGUUCCAACGAAGACGAAACCAUUCUCACGUUACUUCUUGAUAAAAAUUUACGAGCAAUUAAACCCAAGCAAAGGGUGAUUGCUAUGAAUAAUAUAGCGAAGUUUUUUAGAAUACGAUAUAGUGCCUUUACACUAAAGCCACAACUAGAAAAAGACGAUAUCACCGAUAGUUCAGUAGUACUGGCCGGUCCAGGAAACCUACAAACACGAAACUCUAAAUUAUCGUCUUACCUUGAAGUUUUAGUAGGCUGUGAUGGUCGACUAUGGGAUUCUACGGCACCUAUCGUUCAUAAUCUCAAACAACAGGCAAGAGAUGGUACCAUUGCUGAAGUUUUAGGACUGCCUCUGAUUGGCUGGAGAGUUAAGACUGAAACCAAGCCUAUUUUGAGGAGUAAGAGGCAGGCUGUUGACGAUUAUGGAAGUGGUGAUUAUGAUGACGACUACUACGACGAAUAUGACGAAUACAACGACGAAGACGAUCUAGGAGAUGUCGAAUCAAAUCCGCCUACUUCUAAGAAAACUACAGCUUUGCCUACACAACCUGCAAUAGCUCCAAAAAGUACCACGAUUGCUUCAGUGACUGCCUCUACAACUACAGUGGCGACUUCAACUCAUCCUCAUCGUCAUCAUCACGGAGAGAUUAAGCCUAAUGAAGAUCUUGAUUCUGCCGAUUUUGAUGUGAUCUCAGAAAACCUUCCCAUUUUCCCAGAAGAACCAAAACAGUCCGAAACAACUACAACAGAAAGUAAAGUAAUACUUGAUCCUGGUACAACUAAAGUCGAUAUACCAAAACAAAAAGAUACACUUGAUUUUGAUAAUAAUGAUUAUGAUUACGAGUCGUAUGACGACGAUGAUGAUGAUACAGAAGACGAUGUUGAAAGUGGAACAACUGUGCCAGAUAUAAAUAAAAAAAUUGUUAAACCAGUGUUUGGUGCAAUUCCCGAUUCAACUACAACUGAAUCAAAUGCUCCUAGACGUGUCGAUGGAGAAGAUAAUGAAUCAGAAACGGAAACUACUAUCUUAAAAACAUCUUUGUCAACAAGCACCACUACUGAAGCUCCAACUACCUUCGAAAUUGUUGAAGAUACUGAACCACCGAUUUUCACUGUUGGAGUCACUGAAGUUACUACACAGAUAGUGGCCAGUACUGAGGAAGCCACUCCACCUAGUACAACUAGCACAACAACAACAACAACAGCACCUAUUACAACAGUAUCAACAAGUACUACAACAGUUCAGCCACCUACAACACCCGCCGUAGUGACUGUACCAGACAUUAACCCAACAACUCAGGCAACUACGACAACAGCUUCUGAAGAUCCUACCACAGUCGAUACAGAACCAACUUCAGGAAUAUCAUCGACUACAACCAGGCAUGUUCCAACUACUUCCACAACUGAAGCUGUCAUUGAACAGGAAACCGUUCCUUACGUUCCGGAACCAAGAAACACCAAACCAUAUAUUGAAAAACGAUUGCAGUAUGUGUCUGUGGCCGCUGGUAAAGUGUUUAGAUAUGUUAUACCAAAGAACACCUUCAAAGAUGCAGAGGAUGGUCAUAAUUUGACUUAUCAAGUUUUGGAUUCGAAUGAGCAACCUAUUGCGAAGAAUUCGUGGUUACAAUUUAACCCUGUUAGAAGAGAAUUGUAUGGAUUACCCCUUAUAGACGACGUUUCCAACUGGAUUUACAUUAUCAGAGCCUCCGACAGAGAAGGUGCCUACGAACAAGAUCAAUUAACAAUCCAAGUGCAACAGCACAGAUUAGACAGAGUGGUUAAUCACGAGUUUGUACUAGAGCUACGCAUAGAGAAGCCUCAAGAAUACUCCCACUAUGUAGAUUGGUCUUUGAAAGUUUUGAGAACCUUGGGGAAAAUUUAUGGCACCAAUAUGUCUGAAAUAACUGUAAGGAGAAUCAAUCAAAGUUCAGAACCUGUAAUUUUUGCUUGGUCCAAUGAUUCUUUACCAACUAACCAUUGCCCAAGACAGGAAAUUGAUCAACUUUAUAUGAUGCUGACAGCGAAUGAUCGAGGUGAUCCUUCAAGAGAACUAAGCCAAAUGUUGAUACCCGAUUUAAGAAUCAAAAAAGUACUGAGUAGUGACUUGACUAUAUGUGAACCUCAGCCUGCACCACCUGUAACUCCUACCACAAAUUUCUCUCCAAUUUUGCGCAAUCCUGUUGAUAAAGUUAAUGCUACUCAGGGAGAAUUGCUGAUUUAUAAAGUAAAAGAUGAUACUUUCUAUGAUCCAGAAGAUGUAGACCCAUCAAUGCUCAAUAUUACUCUGCUAACAUCGGAUUUAACAGCCAUACCCUCAACAAGCUGGUUGCAAUUUGAUAGUAAAAAUAGAGAAUUCUUUGGAAUUCCAUUCAAAACUGGCCGAACUGAGUACUUUUUAUUAUGCGUUGAUACUGGAGGAAUGAGCGCAAAAGAUAGCUUGGAAGUGGUGGUACAACCUGCUUCAAAAAAAUCUUAUAAUGUAGAGUUUAGUAUGACAAUAGGAGUUUCCCACGACGCUUUCACUAAUAAUGCUAUAAUUCAAAGAAAGUUUGUUGAAAAACUAAUGCACCUUUUUGAAGAAUCAACUCCUCAAAAUUUCCAUUUUCAUCCUUUCAAGCCAAAACGAGAAUCCAACUUUGAAUCUACAGUAGUUUAUUGGUUCAAUAAAAGCCUUCCUGUAGAACACUGUCCUAGAGAAGACAUAAAACAGCUUGAGAACAUGUUGAUUAGUGAUUCGAGGAGUAUUUCUAGCCGUGUCCACCGAAUUAUGGGGCCUGAAUUUACUGUUUCUACAAUUAAAGUUCAUCAUAUUGGUAACUGCAAAGCUAAACCAAAGGAACCGCCAGUGAUUCAAGUUCCUCAGCCAACGCCAGGCUUCACAGAAGCAUCUGGCGAAAAUAACCCUCCACAAGAAAACGACAUUUUAAUUACAUUAGUGUUGCCUAUUAUAGUCAUUUCUAUUAUGGUGUUUAUAGCUGUAGUAGCUGCCUGUGUUCUUUACAGAAGAAAACGGAUGGGCAAAUUGAAUGUUGAAGAGGAUGGAAGACAAACCUAUGGAAAUAAAGGCAUACCUGUGAUAUUCCAAGAAGAGCUGGAGGAAAAACCGGAGCCGGGUACCAAAGCUCCAGUAAUACUGAAAGAUGAAAAACCACCGCUAGCACCACCCGAAUACAGCAAAAGCGGCUCGGUGAAACUGGAAGACUCUGAACCUUACCAACCACCACCGCCUUUCACUCGCACUCAGGAUAAUGGUAGACAACCCAGACCUAAACCCACUCCUACUUAUAGGAAACCACCACCAUACGUGCCCCCUUAACAAUUACACUUCACGUUUUUCAGCAAUAAUAAUUCGUCUGACUGCCAAUGAGCAAUUUAAAAAAAAAAAAUGCAAAAUAUAAUUAUGUAUGUAUAGUCAUUGUAAUGGCUUUUUGGGAAUUCAACUUAGAUGAGGGAAUAUGUUUGAAAAGUAGUACUUAGUAGUUUUGAGAAUUAAAUAAUCAAUAAUUAAAAUCUUGCAGCCGAUAAUCUUUUUUUGCUUAUUGGCUGUAGAUAGGUAUAAACAUAAUAAUUGUUCCCCAGCUACCUACAACGUAUCACUUAUACAUUUUAUAUACCAAAGGAUUGAUUAAUGCUUAUUUAUAUAUAUUUUUUUAAUUGUGCGAGACCUAUAUUCUUGUAGUUUAACUGUAGCAUAGAAAGUUAUAAUGAUUUUUAAAUCAAUUUUUUUUUUUAGUAUGCUAUAGGUAUGGUGUGUCCCAAAAAGUAUCCGAGUCCAGAAAAUUGAUUUCAUGAUAAAGCUGUUAUCACAGUAUUUUCAGAUUUUGUCCUGUAGCUUUUUGAAGUGGACUUCUCAAUUGUACGUUCCUAUAUUGGAUUUCUGAUACUUUUCGGACAAACUUUGUAUAAAGUAGGUUGCCAUAUUCUGUAAUAUGCAAUACUCACAAAACAAAUAAUAGGUAAAUUUGGAAGUCAAGUGCCAUGAUGAUGACAUUAUUUUCAUGUUCUUGAUCAUUUGUCGAUAGAUAUUAACUGAGGUGGAAAGAAAAAAAAUAUAUGAUGUAUUUUGUGUUAAAUUGUCACCCCAACUCUGCCACUAUGAUAGCUCUUGAUCACAUCUUUACUUAUAACGAGACUGAUUAAUUUUGAACAUCAUAUCUAGAAUCAUAUCACAAAAGCAUAUAAUCAAACAAGCAUCAGAAAUCGUUUUUUUUUUUUUAUAUUUUUGGUGACUUCUAUGAUUAAUUUUACGGCUUCAUUCUGAAAAAAAUUAUUGUUUUAUCAAUUUGAAAUAUCAAAAUGAAGUUCAUUAUGUGAAUAAAAUUUGGUGGAAACCCUCAAUUAGAUAUUCUGGCAGCAUUUUAUGUGAUAUUGAUUUAAAAUUGCGAGUUUGAGAUAGUUAUCUACUUACAAUAUACAGGGUGUCCUACAUUUUUACAAGCCUAAGAGCGUCUUUUAAAAAUCUUCAAGUCUUAUUGCUUUCAUAAUAAUUAUUUUUGUUGAAAUUGGUACCUACUAUUCAGUAAGUAUCACAUAGAAAUAAAUGAAAUGCAAAAAAAUGUCCAAGUAUUUAGUGUAUAGGAAUCUGUUUAAUGAUAUAGGAGACUCUGUAUACAUUGGUACUUAUUCAUAAAUAAUGAAAUAAAGAAAUUGAACGAUUGACAGUUUUUUUUCUAGCACAGAACAAAACAUAGAACAAUCAGUAGGUACCUACAUACUUCUUUCUCCCACCUACAUUGAGAAACAAAAACAGGCAGUUAUACUUCAUUGUGAUAUUCUCCAUCUUAGUACUGGAGUAUUAGGACUGUCUUCAUGGGGAGUAAAAACUUUGGAAAAGGGUACCUACUACUGAACCACUUUUUUUUAACUGCCAUCGUAGUUCUUCCAAUGGUGUAGUUUGUAUCUACUAAACUUGGAAUUAAAAAAAAAAAAACUAAUAACCUGACUGUAAAUAUGAUACUUAAUACCUACAGGUGGUCCUGAUUGAGGUACUUACCCCGAAUAUAACUAAAUAUUAUUACGUAGUGUAGCAUUAUAAUAUUAUUAGAUACGUUACCGCAUUACUAUACCUAAUCAGCCAUGAUGACAUGGAAACUAAUGACUAAAAGCUAUGUAGUUAGUUUUUAUAAAUUUAUAUAUAUUUUCUUUUUUGAGAAACAAAGUAAUAGGUACCUUUUUUUGUCUAUUUUGAGUACCUAUAUUUAUAUUAUUUGAAACUAAGGUAUUUAUUUUAAUACUGGGAUAAUUUUGAAGUAUAAUCCUGUACAAUAAUAAAUGUAAUAAUGUACGGUUAGUCUUCAUUGUAGAAUUUGUAGGAACUUGUCUGUCUUGUAUAUUAAUAUGCAAUAAUAAUUUAGUUUUCUGGAACAUCAUAUUUUAAAUGGUCAAAAACCUGAACAAGCAGUUCCAUAUUGAAUAUCCUAACUGUAACAAUAAAUUUUUGUAUUAAUCUGUGGUUUCAAUAAAUUAUCAUAAAUCUAAUCUGA